GGUGUCUCUGCCGCGCGGCUGCACAGCGGAGCCAAUGGAGGAAUGAUAACGGGGCGGCAUGGCGGACAGAGAGAAGAGGAAAGCCAGCCCGACGUCUGGCCGCAGCAUCCAGGUGAACUCCCCGGCCAGCUUCAGGUUGACCCAUGACAUCAGCCUGGAUGAGUUUGAGGAUGAUGACCUGUCGGAGAUUACAGAGAUCACAGACGAGUGCGGGAUGAGUCUCAACUGCAAUGGCCCGGAUAUAAAGGGCCAUGUGAGGCGAGGAACCAAUAGCAUGUCGGGGAGGGCAGAGCUGGGCGCCGUUGGCCAGCUUCAGGCAGAGAUGCUGCAUUUGGACCUCAUAGACGGUGCUGACGGUUACCGCGGUGACAAAGAGUCCUCGAAGGCAUCCGCCGUCGCACCCCCGCCAGUCACCAAGGACCCUGCAGCACCUGUUACCAUGGAUACAUACCGGCCCAAGAGACCCACGACCCUUAACCUCUUCCCAAUUGUGCCGCGCACACAGGACACAUUAAACAACAACUCAUUUGGAAAGAAAUACAGCUGGCAGGAGAAAGUUUCAGGCUCGUCCUCGCCUCUAAAAACAGGUGAGCUCACCCCUCCACGUGAGCACAGCUGUCUGAGCGACGAGGACAAGGUCCAGGGUGGGGGAGCACAGACCAAAGACCGAGGGACCUCCACUGACGCACCCUGCAGACACAGCCACACCUCCGGACACUCGCACGGCUCAUCUACAGCAGCUGUGACGCGCUCCAAGCUUCAGGAGAAGCCACCCGCACCCCCACCUCCACAGAACUACACACCAGCUCCCCUAUAUCCAGCGGCGAAAGCAGAUGGCGGUGGACACCAUCGGGAGAGGAUCCGCUACCACACGGACGUUCGCCUAGAGCCCACAGAGGAGAUCUAUCUGACUCCUGUGCAGCGAUCAGCUGACCCCCUAGAACCCCCUAACGUGCAGGACCGGCCUUUCCUCUCACAGCAGACUGAGCAGGGCCGCAUGUCCAUCAGCUCCGACACUGAGGGCCCGCCUCCUUACCAGCCCCUCCCAGAUCGGACAAACCCCUCCAUCUAUGAGGAGGACGAGGUCUACAUCCCUCCACCUUCAUAUGCUUCCUGCGUAGAGUCCCUCAUCACACCACCCAGCAUGGCUCUCUCAGCUCGUUCCUCCCAUGCUCUGGACCUCAGCUUGAAGGGGGUAGGAACGGGGGCCGGGGCUAUGCUGAGAGCCGGGUCAUCGGUGGAGUAUGUGGACGCUACAGACGAAAGUUACUGUGGAGAGGAUGAGGAUGUGGACAGGAUAAUAAUGGACGGAAGGAUGAGGAAGGGGGGAGGAAAGGGUGAUGGCGGCGGCAGCAGCAGAGCCGCCCCGCCCAGGACUUCCAUGAGCUCGGAGGCCAGCGGCCUUUCAUAUGACUCGGUCAAAUACACGCUGGUGGUGGACGAGCAUGCUCAGCUCGAGCUGGUCAGUCUGCGGCAGUGUUACCAAGGCUACAGUGACGACAGCGACUCGGCAACUGUCUAUGACAACUGCGUCUCCUCCCCCUACGAGUCGGCCAUCGGGGAGGAGUACGAGGAGGAAGAUGAGGAGGAGGAGGACGGGGCCCGGAUAGGAGGAGUAAGACGAGAGGCCACAGCUUGUCUGUCUGAAGACUCCACUCCAGAAGCAGACCUGCACUUCUCCAAGAAGUUCCUCAAUGUCUUCAUGAACGGACGCUCUCGCUCCUCCAGUGCAGAGUCCUUUGGCUUAUUCUCGUGUGUCAUAAAUGGAGAGGAGCGGGAUCAGAGCCACAGAGCCGUCUACAGGUUUGUCCCUCGACAUGACGAUGAGUUGGAGCUGGAGGUGGAUGAUCCGUUGCUGGUGGAGGUCCAGGCGGAGGAUUACUGGUACGAGGGCUACAACAUGCGAACCGGUGCCCGUGGGAUCUUCCCUGCUUACUACGCUAUAGAAGUGACCAAGGACACAGAGAGCUACAAAGUGAAGAGCAGUGAGUGGAUGGACAGAUACCGGCUGAAGUUCCUGGGCUCGGUCCAAGUGCCCUACCACAAAGGAAAUGAUGUUCUGUGUGCUGCUAUGCAGAAGAUUGCCACCAACAGACGGAUGACAGUCAAGUACAACCCGCCUUCCUCCUGCAUCCUGGAGAUCAGUGUGAAAGGCAUCAAGCUUGCAGUUCAAGAGGACUAUUAUGCUUGUGACAGAAGUAAUGAGUGCAGUCACUUCUUCCAGUUAAAGAACGUCUCCUUCUGCGGCUAUCACCCCAAAAACAGCAAGUAUUUUGGUUUCAUUACGAAACACCCAGCAGACCAGAGAUUUGCCUGCCACGUGUUUGUGUCUGAAAACUCCACUAAACCUCUCGCAGAAUCAGUAGGGAAAGCCUUCCAGUUGUACUACAAAGAGUUUGUGGAGUUCUCGUGCCCUACAGAGGACAUCUACCUGGAGUAGCACUGCCCAGCCUUCAACCACAGCACUGUACAGUACACUGUAUCAUAACAUAAUGUUGCAUGAAGGACAGACAUAUCUAAAUUGAAAUAAAUAAACAAAAUAAAAACUAACACAUCUGACAAACAAGCAGGAAAAGAAGGAUCAGGUGUCGGAACGGUGGUGAAACCUUUGCGCAACAUGAAGAGAUGAAAAUGUGCCAAAGGUGAUGUGUAUUGAAAAAGGAAAAUAUGCAAAAUGGAGUCAGUGAUGAGACAGUGAUCGCAGACUGUCAGUGGAAAGCACAAAAAUUGUAUCACCGCAGCCUUGGCAGCGCUAGUUAGCCUGUAGCAUUGUCUCAGCAGGUGCAACACUGAAAGCCCAGGAGCCGUACUGGACUACUGCACUACCGUUGUAUUUUACAAAAGAAAAACAGCGGCUGAGAUUUGGAAAAAUAAACACAUAGUGAAUUUGC